CGCUAUUUCAAGCAGACACUCAUAUGACUUUUUGUAGGCGACAUCCUAGUUAUGCUUUGACGUACGUACGCAGCUGUACUGAAAACCAUCUGAAAAUGCGACUAGAAGCUCCUCAGUGAUUCUGUAUGGUCGUGUGGAGGAACUCAGCAUCGGCAACCAAGGAAAACCAAAAGGAAGUCACUCUCACUGUUUUUAGUUCAUCUUCCGGGGCUGUGGAACGAGUUAGACCAAUCGGCUUACUCAGUGACGCGCAUUUCACAUCGGGAGUAGUGCGCUUGUAAGCGGGUUCCUGAAGCUGUUGUGCAGAGAGUUAGAAUAUUCCGUCAUUGUUUACAAUGGCGGCCAGUGACAAGACUGUCGUACCACAGAGCCUGAUAGCUGAAGAAAGCGUGAAGAAAGUCCUUGAGACGGACAAGGGAAGCGAUGUCCUCUUGAAAUCUUGGAAGGUAGUUGACUUCACCAAACCAGGAGACAACUAUGCCUGUUUCGUGACAAGCGUCGAAGUCAAGUUUUCUAAAGGGAAUGGAGAGGAUUGCGAAGUGACUUACAUAGUGAAGCUCAAUGCACAAAGGAAGAUGGAAGGGUUCCCAGACAUGACACCAUUCCUGUUCACAAAGGAAGGGAAAUUUUAUGAACAACUUGUUCCCGUGUUGAACGAAGCACUAACUGCUGCAGGUCAAAAACGUCUACGCUUUCCCAGGUGUUUUCUUGUCCUACUGGAAGAAGGGAAAGAGCAGAUUUAUUUCGAAGACUUAAGAGCGAGAGGUUUCAAGAUGUUUGACAGGAGGAAAGGCAUGAGCAAGGACCACUGCGCUCUUGUUUUGGCAGAGCUUGCUAGACUGCACGGGGCAUCUUACCUCCUCAGGAAUAAGUUUUUGGAAGGGAGGCCUGCUUCUGAGAAAUAUGACUUCCUUGCUCUAGAUUUGUUCAACUUUUUUCCUAACGCCAAGGACGUGUUUCUACCAUUGUUUGAAGCUAAUGUCGACACUGGUAUCAUGAUGCUGGAAAAAGUUGGUGGCUACGAGAAGGCCAUUGAAUGGCUGAAACCCUUCAAGAUGGAGUUAGAAGAUGCUUUUUCUACUGGCAUGCAAAGCGAGAGGUAUAGCACUAUAUGCCAUGGAGACUGCUGGAACAACAACAUUCUUUUUAAAUAUGACGACGAAGGGCGUCCGGUAGAUCUCAUGCUGGUAGACCUCCAGAUAUGCCGUGAGGUAUCUCUCGCCUGUGACUUGAAUUACUUCCUGUAUACCAGCGUGACUGGGGAUGUCAGGAGACCGAACAUCGACCAUUUCAUGUCCAUCUACCAUUCGACUUACAAAGGGGUGCUGGAAGCGGGUGGCCUGCCGAUGUACUUCAACCAAGAGGAGCUCUUGGAAGAAUUCCGAGGCAAAAAUAAGACUGGCUUGGCCUUUGCCUUGACUGUCAUUCCGGCUUUACUGAUGGAGCCCGACGAUGUUCCAGAACUUUCAGAGAGAGAUUUGAACGAACUCAUGCAAGAACUUAGGAUGAUAACUUUGAAUAAGCUCAACACGCAUCCUUUGUGCAAACCUCGUUAUCUGUCAAUAUUUGAUGAGUUUAUGGAAAUUGGAUUGAUCUCUUAGCUAAUAUGAGGUCAUUUGGGACUAAAAUGUCAAAAUAUUAAUUUCUUUUGUUUAUUUGUAUUUUAUAUGAGUAGCUGAGCUUAUAAAUACUUGAAUAUUAACUAACUAUAUAUAAGAUACUUUAAGAGAAAUUCUCUUUUGUGGAAUUUUCCAGAAGAAUGAAUAAAUGGGCUAUAUCACCUCCA